UGAACACAAACUAACCUUAAUGUUAAGAUAAAAAUACUGUAAUUUAUGCAUAUUUUUUUGUUUAAACGUGUACAUAAGCUCAAAAUUACCGCCAGAAGUUCCUAUUCUCACGUACUUCAUUAAUUUAAGAAAAAUGGAUUCAGAGUUUGCUUCAAGACUGAUACCACAGGCAAAAGAACAAGUGAGGCCAGCAUGCAAAAAAUGUGGAUAUGCCGGUCACCUAACCUAUCAAUGCCGUAACUUUAUCAAAGUCGACCCGAACAAAGAAAUUGUUUUGGAUGUUAGCAGUACAAGUUCCGACAGCGACGAAAUUUACACUACACCUUUGACAGACUUACGUGAUAAAGAGCUGAAGCAAAAGUUGAAAGAGACUAAAAAGAAGAAAAAAAAGAAAAGAAAGAAGAAGAAAUCACGCAAACACGAGACUUCAGAGGGUAGUGAUUCCUCCGAUUCUGAAGGUUCUUCUGAAGAAGAGAAGAAGAAGAAGCGAAAGAAGAAAAAGAAGGAAAAGAAGUCCAAACACAGGAAAGAAAAAAAACGUAAACAUAGCUCAUCUAAUAGCGACAAUUAAAGAUUAUUAUGAUCAUUUUCAAGCUCUGGAAAUACUUUUCUAACUGGGGAUUCCAGUCGAUCAAUUUGUAUAAAGUGUUGUUUUUUUAAAGAAUAUAAGACCGAAUCCGUUUUAAAUCAUUCAGGCCAGCAGGUCCUUAUUUAGAGAAUAAAUUUUUUUUUGAAUUUGUUUACUUCCAACGGCGGAAUUUGUUCGUAUGCCUAAAAAAGGAAAGUACAACAAUGGAAAAUCUGGAAACUUUUUCAAUUAUCUCAUAGUCAAAAGCUGAAAGUUCCGAAAAAUCACAAUAUGGGCCUAAAAAUUCUAAUUCAAUUUAUUAACAAAGGGUCACCAAAAUUUUGAAAAAAUACAAAAUGGCUGCUUAU